ACUUUAAAAGUCAACUCUUUGACUGUUUGACAACAAAAGAAGAAAAAAAAAUCACGCUGUUUCCUGCACGCGCACGCACGGUUUGCCAUAAUGCCAGUGCUCCAUGCCCGCUCCCGCCGUAUAGCGACAAGAUGGCGGUCGCCGCCGGAUCAGGCGUUAAAAUACCCCGCAAUUUCUGGCUUUUGGAAGAGCUGGAGGAAGGCCAGAAAGGUGUUGGGGAUGGGACUGUCAGCUGGGGUCUGGAGGAUGAUGACGACAUGACUCUAACACGAUGGAGAGGGGUCAUCAUCGGCCCCCCAAGGACGAGCUUUGAAAACAGGAUGUACAAUCUGAAGGUGGAGUGCGGGCCAGGCUAUCCAGAGUCUCCACCAUUUGUCAGAUUUGUGACCAAGAUAAACUUGAACGGCGUGCACACCUCCAGCGGCGUGGUGGACAUGCACGCACUGACGUCAGUGGCCAAGUGGCAGAACUCCUACAGCAUCCGCAUGGUGCUGAAUGAGCUGCGGCGGCUCAUGACGUGUAAGGAGAACAUGAAGCUCCCUCAGCCACCAGAGGGCCAGAUCUACACCAACUGAGCCUCUCCACCUUCUGCCUCCAUCUUUGGUCUCCUUUGUUUUUCUACACUAUCAUGUGCAAUGUGACAUUCCACCUACACACACACACACGUACACACACACACAAACAUACACUGAAAGUAUUCAUUAAAGUCAUUCAAGAAU